AUGGUUGCAGUACCUGUUUGUAAAACAAUGCAAGCAGUAAAUAGUAAUACUCAUGAUGUGGAGUUUCGAAGUUUCGUUGACUUGUUAGACUUAGGACAUCGCAAACAAAAUGAACAUGUGCAACAAUCACAUCAAGCACAAGUUCAGGUGCAUAAUUUGACCCUUCCAU